AUGUCUCACGUCGGGACCUCCAACGACCCUGCGGCUUCCGUGGCGGCCUCCCGGUCGGAUGGAAAGACCCACCUUCUGCUGGCCUGCAGUGGCUCCGUCGCGACCAUCAAACUACCCAACAUCAUCCAGGCCCUCGGACACCACAAGAACCUGUCGAUACGGGUCAUCCUCACGGCCUCCGCGGCCGAGUUCCUGAACGGCUCGACGGCCGAACAACCCUCCCUCGCCGCCAUCCGAGCGCUGCCCAACGUCGAAGCCCUGCACCUCGAUGCGGACGAGUGGGUGCAGCCGUGGCGCCGCGGGGCGUCCAUCCUGCACAUCGAGCUGCGGCGGUGGGCGGAUCUGAUGCUUGUCGCGCCUUUAUCAGCAAACACACUGGCCAAGAUCGUCAAUGGUUUCUCGGACAACCUCCUAACAAGCGUCAUCCGCGCAUGGGAUCCGGAUGGACUCAUCGAUGGAAGACGGAAGAAGAUUCUGGUGGCCACCGCCAUGAACUCGGCCAUGUACAUGCACCCAAUCACCGCGAAGCAGGUCAAGGUCCUGGAGGAAGACUGGCCGUGGUUCGAGGUCCUGAGGCCGAUAGAGAAGACGCUCGCUUGCGGCGACACCGGGAACGGGGCAAUGAUGUCUUGGGAGGAGAUCGUCAAGAUUGCGGAAGAGAGGUUAGGACUUGGGGCUGGAGUUCAGUAA